AUGAACAAUAUCUAAGGGUAUUCACUUUCAAAGCCAUCAACUAAAACCACAUAAGCACCAGGUGGCAACUCAUCCAUCUCAUUUGGAUCCGAUGAGCCUGCCCCUCAAUAAAAACGAGUUGUUAGAGACCCAAAUGCUAGUCAAUUUACUCUAGGAGGAGAGCCUGUUCCCCAAAAAGGAUAGCAAUCAUAGCAAUAAUAAUAAUAGGAUUAAGGGACCCAUACAUCCGUCAAAGUUAAGAAUCCACCUGGAGGUCGUUCAUAAAUAUAAUUCGGAUGAAAUAUUAGUUUAACAAAUAAUUCAUUUACAAUUAAUUGCAUCUCACCUAUUCUAUAAA